UUGGGGGGUGCAGGGGAGCGUGCAAGGCUCGGGGAGGGGGGGGGGAGCGUGCAAGGCUCAGGGGGGACAGAGUGUGCACAGCCGGGGGGGGAGUGUGCACGGUCCAGGUGUGACAGUGAGCGUGCCCGGCUGGGGACGAGCGUGCCCGGCUCCAGGUGUAAGCGUGCCCGGCUGGGAGUGAGCAGGAGCGUGCAGGGCUCGGGGAGUGAGUGUGCAAGGCUGGAGCGUGCAUGGCUUCCCAGGUGAGUGUGCACGGCUGGAGGAGGGAGGGUGCACAGCUCCAGGGGUGAGCGUGCCCGGCCCCGGGGCUUGAGGGUGAGCGUGCAAGGCCGGGGCUGGGGGUGAGGGUGAGUGUGCACAGCUCCGGGGGUGAGUGUGGGCAUGCACGGCCGGGGGUGAGCGUGCACGGCUCGGAGGGGGAUUGUGCACGCUCGGGGGUGACGGUGAGUGUGCAGGGCCUGGGGGGAGCGUGCACGGCUGUGAGUGUGAGUGUGCACAGCUCCCGGGGAGCGUGCACGGCUUGGUAGGGGGGGAGACUAUGGCUCAGGGGUGAGUGUGAGCGUGCACGGCCUGGGGUGAGCGUGCACGGCUCCCGGUGCGAGUGUGAGCGUGCACGGCCUGGAACGAGCGUGCACGGCCUGGGGUGAGCGUGCACGGCUCCCGGUGCGAGUGUGCACAGCCUGGAAUGAGCGUGCAUGGCCUGGGGUGAGCGUGCGCAGCUCCCAGUGCAAGUGUGAGCGUGCACGGCCUGGAACGAGCGUGCACAGCCUGGGGUGAGCGUGCACGGCUCCCAGCACCAGUGUGAGCGGUGCACGGCCUGGAGUGAGUGGUGCACGGCUCCUGGUGUGAGUGUGAGCGUGCACGGCCUGGAACGAGCGUGCACGGCCCGGGGGUGAGCGUGCACGGCUCCCGGUGCGAGUGUGAGCAUGCACAACCUGGGGUGAGCGUGCGCAGGUCCAGGUGUGAGCAUGCCCGGCCUGGGGUGAGCGUGCACAGGUCCAGGUGUGAGCGUGAGCGUGCAUGGCCCAGGGUGAGCGUGCACGGCCCGGGGUGAGCGUGCGUGGCUGGGGGUGAGCGUGCGCUCCUCCGGGGCUGAGCGUGAGUGAGUGUGCCCAGCCAGGGCCUGAGCGUGCCCGGCACCAGGGCUGAGCUGUGAGCGUGCACGGCCCGGCAUGAGCGUGCACGGCCACGGCUGAGCGUGCAAGGCCCGGACUGAGCGUGCAAAGCCUGGAGUAAGCAAACGUGCAUGGCUCCUGGGCCUGAGCGUGAGCGUGCAAACCCAGGGCUGAGCGUGCAAACCCGGGGCUGAGCGUGCCCCCGGCCCCGUGCUCACACCUACCCGAGCGUGUGUGCGCGUGUGUGCGCGCCCCCCCCCGCUCCCCCCCCCCCAAAUCCCGCCGCUCGUGCUCCCGACCCGCCCUGCGCGUGGCGGCACACGCGUGUGCGAGGCGUGCGGGGGAUGCUGCCGGGGGCCGGUUCCCCCCCCCCCCGGGUGCCCGUGGGCCUCGUGGGGGGCCCCCGGGGCGACUUUAGGGUCGGGGAGGCGCCAUGUGGGGCCCCCCCCAACCGGGCCCCCCCUGGGCGUUUCGGGGCACCCUGGGGGCCCCCCCCCGGCACCCGCCUCAGCCUGGAGGGCGGCAGCAGGACCGUGGCCGAUUACCACGGCGGCCGCUCCCGCAGGAAGAGCGUCCCCGGGGGGAAGCAGUACAGCAUCAACAUGGACGCCCCGCCUGCCCCCCCCUUCCGGCCCUCGCCGCCUGUACCCCAGCAAGGCUUCCUGAGCCGCCGCCUGAAGAGCUCCAUCAAGCGCACCAAGAGCCAGCCCAAGCUCGACCGCACCAGCAGCUUCCGGCAGAUCCUGCCCCGCUUCCGCAGCGCCGACCACGACAGGGCCCGGCUGAUGCAGAGCUUCAAGGAGUCGCACUCCCACGAGUCCUUGCUGAGCCCCAGCAGCGCGGCCGAAGCGCUGGAGCUCAACCUGGAUGAGGACUCCAUCAUCAAGGCGGUCCACAGCAGCAUCUUGGGCCAGGAGUUUUGCUUCGAGGUGACCACGGCCUCGGGGACUAAGUGCUUCGCCUGCCGUUCGGCCGCCGAGAGGGACAAGUGGAUUGAGAACCUGCAAAGGGCGGUGAAGCCCAACAAGGACAACAGCCGGCGGGUGGACAAUGUCCUGAAGCUGUGGGUGAUCGAGGCGCGAGACCUUCCCCCCAAGAAACGCUACUACUGCGAGCUGUGCCUGGACGACAUGCUCUACGCCCGCACCACCAGCAAGGCGCGCACCGACAACGUCUUCUGGGGAGAACAUUUUGAGUUCAACAACCUGCCGGCCGUCCGCACCAUCCGCCUCCACCUCUACAAGGACACCGACAAGAAACGCAAGAAGGACAAGAGUAACUACGUAGGGAUGGUGAGCAUCCCCAUCGCCAGCGUCACCGGUCGGCACUUCGCCGAGCAGUGGUACCCGCUCAGCCAACCCAGCGGCAGCAAGAGCAAGGCGGGUUGUCCGGCUCUCCGCGUCAAGAGCCGCUUCCAGACCAUGAGCAUCCUCCCCAUGGAGCUCUACAAGGAGUUCGCCGAGUACGUCACCAACAAUUACCGGAUGCUUUGCGCCGUCUUGGAGCCCGUGCUCAGCGUCAAGAGCAAGGAGGAGGUGGCCUGCGCGUUGGUGCACAUCUUGCAGAGCACCGGCAAGGCUAAGGACUUCCUGUCGGACAUGGCCAUGACGGAGGUGGAUCGCUUCAUGGACCGGGAGCACCUGAUCUUCCGGGAAAACACCCUCGCCACGAAAGCCAUAGAGGAGUACCUGAAACUCAUCGGCCAGAAAUACCUCAAGGAUGCCAUCGGUGAGUUCAUCCGGGCGCUGUACGAGUCGGAGGAGAACUGUGAGGUCGACCCCAUGAAGUGCUCGGCCUCCACCUUGGCUGACCACCAGGCCAACCUCCGCAUGUGCUGUGAGCUCGCCCUCUGCAAGGUGGUCAACUCGCACUGCGUGUUCCCACGGGAGCUGAAGGAGGUCUUCGCCUCAUGGCGGCUGCGAUGCGCUGAGCGGGGCCGCGAGGACAUCGCCGACCGGUUGAUCAGCGCCUCGCUCUUCCUGCGGUUCCUCUGCCCCGCCGUGAUGUCCCCCAGCCUCUUCGGCCUCAUGCAGGAGUACCCCGACGAGCAGACUGCCCGCACCCUCACCCUCAUCGCCAAGGUCAUCCAGAACCUGGCCAACUUCACCAAGUUUGGCAGCAAGGAGGAGUACAUGGCCUUCAUGAAUGAGUUCCUGGAGCUGGAGUGGACCAGCAUGCAGCAGUUCCUCUACGAGAUCUCCAACCUGGACACCCUCACCAACAGCACCAGCUUCGAGGGCUACAUCGACCUGGGCCGCGAGCUCUCCACCCUGCACGCUCUCCUCUGGGAGGUCAUGUCCCAGCUCAGCAAGGAGGCCCUGCUGAAGCUGGGCCCGCUGCCCCGGCUGCUGACGGACAUCAGCGUGGCCCUGCGCAACCCCCACCUGCAGCGGCAGCCGAGCCAGGGGGAGCGGCUGCCCCCCAAGGGGCUGGUGCUGCGGGGGCCCUCGGCCGACCUCCAGCCCUACCUCGUCCGCGACCUCAACAGCUCUGUUGACCUCCAGUCCUACAUGGUGCGGGGCCUCAACAGCUCCAUGGAGGUGCCCCGCCUGCCCUCCCCGCCGCAGGAGAAGGGGCCGCAGGAGGUGCUGGUCCUGAGCCGCCCCCCCCUGGCCCGCUCCUCCCCCGCCUACUGCACCAGCAGCUCCGACCUGACGGAGCCCGAGGGGGGCCGGGGGGCUCUGGGGGUGGGCAAGAGCGUCUCCAUGCUGGACCUUCAAGACGGCCGCGUUGACAGCGUCCCUAGUUUGCCCGCCGAGCUGCUCGCCGCCGGUGGUCCGGCCCCAGGGGGGGCCGGAGGGGGCCUGCGUCCCGGCCGCCUCUCGCAGGGCAGCGCCUCCAGCCUGGCCCCCCCUCGCCUGGGGGUACCCGAGCCGGGGGGGCCGCAGUUGCGGGUCCCCCUCUCCUUCCAGAACCCCCUUUUUCAUUUGGCGGCUGACGGACCCUUGCGAGGACCCGAGCCGGGGGGUGAGGGGCCCUUCGCCCCCCCCCUGCACGGGUACAGCAAGAGCGAGGAGCUGGCGGCUCCCCCCCCCAAGCACAUCACCCACAGCCACAGCUACAGCGACGAGUUCGCCCGGCCGGGGGGGGACUUCGGCCGGCGGCAGCUCUCCCUGCAGGACAGCCUGGCCCCCCCCCAGAUCACCAUCGGGGCCCCCCCGCCCCCCACCCCUCGGGGGGCUCGGGCGGGGAAAGGUGGGGGGCCGGGGCCGGCGGCCCUGGGGGUGCCCCCCAAACCGCGGCCGGCCAGCGGGAACCUGCUGGCGUCGCCCGAACCGGCUUACGGACCCCCCCGCUCCCGGCAGCCCUCCCUGGCCAAGGAGGCGUCGGUGGCUGGGAUGAAGCCGCCGGUCACCAAGCAGGCCUCGCAGACGCCAUCGACGCUGAACCCGGUGAUGCCGGCGGCGGAGCGCACGGUGGCCUGGGUGUCCAACAUGCCGCACCUCUCGGCCGACAUCGAGAGCUCCCACAUCGAGCGCGAGGAGUACAAGCUCAAGGAGUACUCCAAGUCCAUGGACGAGAGCCGGCUGGACCGGGUGAAGGAGUACGAGGAGGAGAUCCACUCGCUGAAGGAGCGGCUGCACAUGUCCAACCGCAAGCUGGAGGAGUACGAGCGGCGCCUGGUGUCGCAGGAGGAGCAGACGAGCCGCAUCCUGCUGCAGUACCAGCACCGCCUGGAGCAGAGCGAGAAGCGCCUGCGGCAGCAGCAGGCGGAGAAGGACUCCCAGAUCAAGAGCAUCAUCGGCAGGCUGAUGCUGGUGGAGCAGGAGCUGCGCAGGGAUCACUUGGGCGCCCACGACCCCCCCGAGGGCCGGCGGCGGCUGCUCGACGCUCAGGAGAGGCAGCUUUCCGCCGUGGGUGCAGCAGACCCGGGUGUGAGUUGGGUCGGGGGGGUCCCCGCGCGACCCCCGCCUCCGCCCCCGCCACCCCCGAUCACGGCCAACGGCGAGCUGCGCGGCCCCGCUGCUGAGCACUAGCACCCGCCCCGGGGGCCACCGGGACCCCCCCAACCCCCCGCCCCGGGGCUGGCGGUGGCCCCCGGCGACCCCCGGGGAAGAGGAGGCGGAAGGGAAGGUGGUGGGGAGGGGGGGGACGGAGGAGAUC